CCCGCCUCCCCGCCGCCGCCGCCCCGCCGGCCGCGCUCGCCCAGCCAAACUGAAAGCCGGACCCCGGCCCGCCGCCGCCGCCGCCGCCCGGCCUCCCCGCGCGCGCGCCACCAUGGACAGCCCGGUUUUCACCUCAUAAAGAUGGCGGUGCGGGAUCGCUGCUACCUUUAGACUAAUGACUGUCCGAAACAUCGCCUCCAUCUGUAAUAUGGGCACCAAUGCCUCUGCUCUGGAAAAAGACAUUGGGCCAGAGCAGUUUCCGAUCAAUGAACACUACUUUGGAUUGGUCAAUUUUGGAAACACCUGCUACUGUAACUCCGUGCUUCAGGCGCUGUACUUCUGCCGGCCGUUCCGGGAGAAUGUGCUGGCAUACAAGGCCCAGCAGAAGAAGAAGGAAAACCUGCUGACGUGCCUGGCAGACCUCUUCCACAGCAUCGCCACGCAGAAGAAGAAGGUCGGCGUCAUCCCACCAAAGAAGUUCAUUUCAAGGCUGAGAAAAGAGAACGAUCUCUUUGAUAACUAUAUGCAGCAGGAUGCUCAUGAAUUUUUAAAUUAUUUGCUAAACACUAUUGCGGACAUCCUGCAGGAAGAGAAGAAACAGGAAAAGCAAAAUGGAAAAUUAAAAAACGGCAACAUGAACGAAACUGUGGAGAAUAAUAAACCAGAACUCACCUGGGUUCACGAGAUUUUUCAGGGAACGCUCACCAAUGAAACUCGAUGCUUGAACUGUGAAACUGUUAGUAGCAAAGAUGAAGAUUUUCUUGACCUUUCUGUUGAUGUGGAACAGAAUACGUCCAUUACCCACUGUCUGAGGGACUUCAGCAACACAGAAACACUGUGCAGUGAACAGAAGUAUCACUGUGAGACGUGCUGCAGCAAGCAGGAAGCCCAGAAACGGAUGAGAGUCAAAAAGCUGCCCAUGAUUUUGGCCCUGCACCUAAAGCGGUUCAAGUACAUGGAGCAGCUGCACAGGUACACCAAGCUGUCUUACCGCGUGGUCUUCCCUCUGGAACUCCGGCUCUUCAACACCUCCAGCGACGCGGUGAAUCUGGAUCGCAUGUAUGACCUGGUUGCUGUGGUCGUUCACUGCGGCAGUGGUCCUAAUCGCGGGCAUUAUAUUACUAUUGUGAAAAGUCACGGCUUCUGGCUUCUGUUCGAUGAUGACAUCGUAGAGAAAAUAGAUGCUCAAGCUAUUGAAGAAUUCUAUGGUCUGACAUCAGAUAUAUCAAAAAAUUCAGAAUCUGGAUAUAUUUUAUUCUAUCAGUCAAGAGAAUAACUUCAAGAACUGUGGGACUCAUUCAAGCAGGGAAAUGUUCAAAGCCCUAUUACCUGGUUUCUCUGCAGACUUUCUUCUCCCCCAGCGGCCCACAAACGGCAUCACUCCAAGCCUCAACGGUCCAGCCGUGUUAAACUCUCUCCUUUUGUUUUUGUACGCGCAGCACUAUUCUUGGUUUUAUUUCAGUCUGAGGUAGAGUUAACUACAAUCAGAUUAUAGGGAGAUUUACAUGAAUAACAGUUUCUAAUUUUAGGAUGGGGUGAAAGCUAUGCCACUGCUUACGUCUAGUUGAAUUAGAAUGGCAUUUUCUUUCAAUGUCUACAGUCUAUUUUGGGUGUUUGCUAAACUUCUAACUGGUUUGCGGGGUCUCCUUACAAUUCAUUCCUUUAACUUGUCCCUGGAACCAUUUUCAGCUUCUCUGCCUCUUCUCUGACAUGAGGAAAGAGAAUUGGGUAGCUGUUGGCCUUUCAGGGCUGUGUCUAUAGCUUUAAGUUUGUGCAAGCGAAAAUGUUUCAAAGUGAGUAACCUCAAUACUAAAAUCAUCCUCCCCGUGGAGCAGGGUGAAGAGAAGCUGUCCGUGGUGGCUGCAGUGGCUAGCCUUGGCACCAACCAUGCUCACCUAGCCAUUAGAAUCCCAGGGGACAAGAAGGGGUGGAGCUCAGGGCAGCCGAAGCCAAGAGGAGGGAGUCUCUGUGGGCAGUGAAAAUUACGUUUCUUACCUUUCUACCAAAACCAAGUUUCAGGAAAAUAACUAUGCUGUUAAUUUUGUAGUGACCCUUUCCUUCUGUAAGGUCCUGUGAGUUGUAUUUAUCUUGUAUCUGGCACUGGGGAGCUUUCCACGGUAUCUUUCCAGGCCUGCUGGUGUUCUGCAGUCUGUGGCUGCGGGGCUGGCAGACCUCCCAGUAGUCAGUCGGCACUGACAUUGGCCUUCAUCAGGAACAACCAAGGCACUGCACCUUUACAACCAUCAGUACAUUGUACAGCUUGAUUUUUAAAAAGAUUCCGUCUGUUAACUGAAGCUCUGGGGAUUCCUGGGGCUAAUACCAAACCUCCCAAGAGGGAUUACUGGAGUUAGCUGGGCAUGAAGCCACAUGGGUCAGAGGAUGUGUCAGGGGGCAGCAAGGGGACGGCAGAAUGGAGGGGGGUUUCUUUGGCUCAGACUCCUAGAAUGCUUGACAAGACAGAGUGUUUUGGAAGAACCUCAUCUCACUAUAGUUACUUUUACCUUUUUCAUUUGUGUUAUAUAUGUAUUUAUUAGAGCAUCUGAGUAUUGGUACCUUUUAUUAAAAGGGUCAAUUUGCUGUUUUGCCAUCGGGCUGGUUUUUGGUUUCCUACAAAUACUACAAGUUGUAGAUCCUGGCUUCCUUUGUGAAGCCACUUGAUUUCUCUACACUGUGUUAAACUGUGAACAUAACAUUUUGUUACCUAAUGUAUCUGCUGACAAACAUGCAAACUUGUGGAAUAAUGUGAACUGAAGUUGAAAAUGUUAGUGGCCAUUCUAGAACAAUGAAGAGGAUAGCACUUUAUCUAGAUCAAAACUGGAUUUCUUAUCUUUGAAAUACCUUGAACCAUUUAUUGCUCAGAACUUAAAUAAGCAUGCCAGCAUUUCAUGCAUUGAUGCUUACAGUGAAACGUUUUGCUUUCCACUGGAGAAGACAACACAGGGUAAUCUUCAUGUUACUGUUUUAUACAAGUGAUGAAAAUGUACAUUGCCUUGUUUAGAGGCAAAUUCAUAUUUAUAAAUAUUUAGUCUUUGUUGCUUCCAUGAAACAUACAGUACCUGGAAGGUGAGUCUUUACUCUUUUUUGAAGGAGAGGCACUUUCCAAUUGAAGUUAAUUGAUAAAGGCAAACGUUUGUAUUACAUAUAACCCAUAUGACUGCAAGUUACAAAGUUUAAGAAAAUGAUAGUUGAUCUCUGAUAGAUUUGGAAAUGAUUCAUAAGAAAACUAUUAAAAUUACCUUUGAAAUGACUCUUGAAACUUAUGUAUUUUAAAAGUUUCAAUUGGAAGCCUGUUAAAGUAAUACUUCAACUAAGUCAUAAGUUGAGAACAUUUCUUUUUUGUUUGGGUAUGUAAAAAGUUUUUCCCAGUGACUGAACUAAAGUAAUUCCUUUUCAUAGAGUUAACUAAAAUGCAGUCUCAUGGGUAGAUUUUUGGACUAAAGAAGGAUAAGGAAAAUAUCGCAAAGACAUUAAAACAAUUGUGUGAUGCAGAAAAAGAAGAUUGGAAAAAGACCAAAAGACACUUCUCCAGGAACACUCCGUUUUUAUAAACUGUAGAGCUAUUUGGUAAUUUUUUUCUCUCUUUUUCGUCAAUAAACAAAAGGAACACUAGGCAGCUACCUUGCUCCCCCAGUCAUUUCUCUUUAUGUAAAGACAACAGCAUGCACAGAUUUCUUUAUUUUCCAUCCCUCAUUCAUGGUGUAAAGCUGGGAAUAGUGGCCAGAGAUAGGAGACCCUUCUGAGGUCAACAGAAGCACAAAGGCUCAGCGAUACCCUCUCCCGUGGUCAGAGGGGUUGUGUAUCAUUUCCCAGCAGGAAUGAGGAGGCUUACUGUAUUUCUUUUAAUUGCUAGGUGUUUUAAAACAAGUUACAGUGUUAUACACAUUAAAAAAAAUAUAUAUAUCUGCUUUAUUGGUUACUUACUACUUUAGCAUCUACAUUAUGGUACAGAAUGCUGAAAAGUCAUUUGUUUCAGAGUAAAUUUUGGUAAAAUGUUGGCAUCCAGUCCUGUAAGGCUGAUGCAUUUUCCAUUCUAAGGCACUAGGAGGUGGGCUGGUUUGAAGUGAUCAGGGAACAACACAAGCAGGGCGUUGGUUUGAAUAGGAAGCAAUCAAAUUUGAUGUCAUGACCUAGUAUAUUUUGGAUUUAAGAUGAAAUAGAAAAUAAAAUGACAGAUGUGGUCCCUAUGCCCCUUAUUUUCAUGGAUACCCUUAACCUCAUGGGCAUGCCUAACAGAACUGUGUUCUCACUGGAGCUGAGGGCUUAUUUUAGAUAUUGGAGUGUAGCUUUAUUACAGAUGGAUUUAUCUUUAAACAUUGCAUUUUGAUCAACUUUGUAUAUUCAUGUGUAUAAAAUACUGUGCAGUAAAUGUUUUGCCCUCGUUUGCUAUUACAUGGCCAACGCAUUUAUCAGCACUGUUGUGAUUAACUCAUGUAAAUGGCAUGGUCAGGGAAAAUUACUUCCUACUUUUCUGCCUAAUUAAAUUUCUGUUUUUCAGUAUUACAUUAAUUUAUUUUUGGCUUCCAUUUCUGUGUAACCAAAAUUGUUACUGUAUUUGUGUGGCAUUCUUAGUUUGUUGCUUAAAAAAAAAAAAUGUAGUUUUUAUUUAAAACAAUCUGUACCUUCAUUUUUUUUAAUGUAACCAAUUCAAGCACUUUAAGCAAUAAUGUCAAUCUUGUGAAAUUUCAAUCAGUUUAACACCCUGCCUCUAAAAUUGUUUGCAACAUAUAAAUAAAUAAAAAAAUAGGAA